CCUCUGUUGGUUUUGAUUGAAUAUGCGCCUUUCGGGAAUCUGCAGGGUUACCUGAGAAAGAGCCGUGGAUUAAAGGACACUUGCUACAAAGACACAGAUGUAGAACCACAAACUAAUCUAACGUCACAGCAGCUGAUGAAGUUUGCUUGGCAAAUCGCUGAUGGAAUGAGUUACUUGUCCUCAAAAUCUAUCAUCCACCGAGACCUCGCAGCCCGUAAUGUGUUGGUCGGGAUAAACGAAACAUGCAAAGUAACAGAUUUUGGAAUGGCCAGAGACGUGCAACAGGAAAAUGUUUAUGAAAGAAGGACAAAGGGUCGUCUUCCAGUAAAGUGGACAGCUUAUGAGGCGCUGUUGUAUGGCACAUAUACCACCAAAAGUGAUGUAUGGAGCUAUGGAGUUCUCCUUUAUGAGAUUUUCACAAUAGGUGGUUCCCCGUAUCCACGGAUGGAUGGGAAGAAAAUUGCGAAACUACUUCAGCAGGACUACAGAAUGCCUAAACCCCAAUACGUGGAUGGCAAAUUGUACCAGAUCAUGAUGAGAUGCUGGCAAAAUGACCCGGAUGUUCGACCAACAUUCAUCGAGUUAAGAAACCAUCUUAAGAAAAUGAAAACGAAACAGAAAAGGCUGAUGGACAUGAAAAUGUACGACAAACAGCUGUGUGCAAACACUGAGGACUUAAAAGUAUAGUUAUCAAUCUCUCGUACGGUCUCACGCAGGAUUUGUAGUAAACUUGUACUUCCUUUCAUGUUAUUGGCUUGAAACACAAAUUUGUUAAAAAAAAAACUGAGAUUCCAAAAGAGUCGCAUCAAAAUGUAAACAGUACAAGCCUAUUCUUAUUCCUUUGAAACCUCUCUGAUGAUCACACUAUCCUUUUUUUUAAUUUUUAACAGCUUUUAAAUUUUUAUAUUUAUAAAAUUUUUUGUUUUUUUUUCGAGAAAAUGAUAUUAGGGCAAAUAAUUUUUUCUAAAGAUAGGUAAACAUUCAAUAGCUCUGACUAGCGUUGUACGACCUUGUGUCGUUGCUAUUUAAGUCACCACUCUCCCAUCUUCUCCUUAAAAUCGUUAAAUAAAUAACGAAAAGAUGUAAGGUCCUUGUACUGUGAUAAAGGGAUAUACUGCAGUCUGAUCAGCAUCCUUUGUUUUCUUAUUAUGUUUUUUCGUUGAGCAAAUAUUCCAAAGUUUCCAAAGUUUUCAAUACUAUUGUAUAAAUCAAGAAACAUUUAUGUCUACAAACUUGAAAA